AUGGACGACCCCCAGGUGCUCAUCGGCGUCUACAGGAGCGUCUCCAUGAGCGAAAUGUGCGAUAGCAUGAAGCACAAGGGCGACGACCCUGAGACGCUGGAUCUCGGCACAAACAUGCCGCUUCUCGUGUACGGUUCCCUCCCGCUUCCCGCCGCCGUGUUGGUCCACGACGGCGUCGACCGCAUCAGCCGCCUCCCCGACGUCGUCCUCGUCAACAUCCUCUCCCGCCUCCCCGCCAAGGACGCCGCGCGCACCGCCGCCCUCGCCUCGCGCACCGCCGCCCUCGCCUCGCGCUGGCGCCCCCUCUGGCGCACGGCGCCCCUCGCUCUUGUCGACAGCCACCUGCUUCCGGACGGCGGCGCGUCCGGGCCGAGCACCGGGCCGAGAUGGCGCGCUGGCUCGACAUCCUCGUCGCCAAGGGGGGUCCAAGAACUCGUCUUUGUCAACCGCCCUUGGCCGAUUGACCUGCGCCUCCCCGCCUCGCUCUUCAGCUGCGCCUCCCUCACCCGCCUCUAUCUCGGCAUCUGGAGGCUCCCGGACUCCACCGCCGUACCGCGCCGCGCCAGAUUCCCCAACCUCCGGGAGCUUGGCCUCUGCAUGAAUGUCAUGGAGGACCGUGAUCUGGCCUUCAUGCUCGAAAGAAGCCCGGUCCUGGAGUUCCUGGUUAUCAUGGGGAGCCAGAGCCAAGUGCGCCUCCGCCUCAUCAGCCAAAGCCUGCGCUGCGUUCAGCUCGGUCACACCUACUUGGAGGACAUCGACGUGGUGGAUGCCCCCAGCUUGGAGAGGCUCUUCUUGUGGGAUACAAUUCUCACUGGCGGGCUCACUCCCCCCAGGAUGAGCUCCACCAAGAACCACUCUUCCAGGCUCAACAUUGGCCGUGCACCCAACUUGCGUCUGCUGGGAUACCUUCACCCAGGAGGACAAGAGUUGGGGAUUACCAGCACCGUCAUUGUGGCUGGUAGCAAGGAGAGCAUUGUCCCUAGCGUCCAAAUUUUGGCCAUAGAGGUGCAAUUUGGUAUCCGCGAUGCUGUGAAGAAAGUGCCUGGCUUCCUCAGAUGCUUCCCCAACCUGGAGACCCUCCAUGUCCAUUCCUCCACCAUACCUGAAGAGCCGACUGGGAAGGUGCAUCUCAAGUUCUGGCAGGAGGGCGGUCCCAUCAAAUGCGUCCUGCAGAGCCUGAAGAAGGUGUUUUUCAACGAAUUCCAAGGGUCGAAAAGCAAGGUUGCUUUCCUCAAGUUCAUCGCGGAGAGAGGGCGGGUGCUGGAGCAGAUGGUUGUGGUAGCCAGCGAAUGUUUCUCUUCGGGGUCGGGUUAUGUGAAUGCCAAACUGAAGCCUCUGAUCAGUGCAAAAUGGUUGAGCAAAGGUUGCAAACUGCAGCUCUUCAAGAGCCCACACGAUGACGUGGGAGGUCCAGCUUACUCCAUCGCGAAAGCUUGUGAUUUCGACUUUGCUGACCCUUUCGACCUCAACUACCACUAUAAACCAGAAAGGAUCUCUGUAAGUUAAUUAGUACUCCAUAGCUCUUUUACAAGAAGACUAUUGGUACCUAGCUAGACUUUGUGUUGUUGGACCUGGCAGCAGCUAGAAAUACCUAUUUGGCGAGCUGUCGAAUGCUUGUUUGUGCCAAGUAAAGUUUUACUCGUAUGUGAGAUGCUAUGUACGUAGUAUUGUGAUGACUGACGCGCAACUGGUAUGUUAUUUCUGGUUUGUCCAA